ACUCAAGCAGAAUCUGCGCAGAAAGAUCUGCUGGGAAAGAACUGACUGCUUAUGUUUCUCCAUUGUGAUGAAAGCACAUGUUACAGGUAUUUCUCACUCCUCUGGAAGGAAGAAAGAACACGCCUGAGCCGGGAGCACUCCAGCGUCUUGUGGGACGUCUCCAUGGUGAAGGAUAAGCCAGGGCUACCUGUGAACAGCGCACAGUGAAUGUUGCAAUCUCAUCUUUCCCAAAAAUGGAAGGGGAAAACGCUUUCUUUGGCUGAGCCAUAUGCAAAAAAUUAUGGAACAUCUGUAUUCCAGAGCUGCUGCGGGCCGAUCGCACCCACGGGGAGAUGAUUCCUCAUGAAGAGCCUGGAUCCCCUACAGAAAUCAAAUGUGACUUUCCAUGUAUCAGACUAAAACCAGAGCCAGCCAGACAGUGAAACAGUCACCGUGGAGGGGGGACGGCGAAAAAUGAAAUCCAACCAAGAGCGGAGCAACGAAUGCCUGCCUCCCAAGAAGCGCGAGAUCCCCGCCACCAGCCGGCCUUUGGAGGAGAAGGCCGCCGCGGCGCCCAGCGACAACCACCGGGCGGAGGCCGUGGCAUGGCUCCCCGGCAACCCGGGGGGCCGCGGCCACGGGGGCGGCAGGCACGGCCCGGCGGGGGCCCCGGUGGAGCUGGGUUUACAGCAGGGAAUAGGUUUACACAAAGCGCUGUCCGCGGGGCUGGACUACUCCCCGCCCAGCGCGCCCAGGUCCGUGCCGGCGACCACCACGCUGCCCGCCGCGUACCCUCCCCCGCAGUCGGGGACGCCGGUGUCCCCCGUGCAGUACGCUCACCUGCCGCACACUUUCCAGUUCAUCGGGUCCUCCCAGUACAGCGGGCCCUACGCCGGGUUCAUCCCUUCGCAGCUGAUCUCCCCGACGGCCAGCCCCGUCACCAGUGCCGUGGCCUCGGCCGCGGGGGCCACCACUCCAUCCCAGCGCUCCCAGCUGGAAGCCUAUUCCACUCUGCUGGCCAACAUGGGCAGUCUGAGCCAAGCCUCGGGACACAAGGCUGAGCAGCAGCACCUGGGCAGGACGUCGGGGCUCGGCCCCCCGGGGUCCCCCCCUCCCACCCAGCAAAACCAGUACGUGCACAUCUCCAGCUCUCCGCAGAGCGCCGGGCGCACGGCGUCCCCUCCGGCCAUCCCCGUCCACCUGCACCCGCACCAGACGAUGAUCCCACACACGCUCACCCUGGGGCCCUCCCCCCAGGUCGUAGUGCAAUACACCGACUCCGGCGGCCACUUCGUCCCGCGGGAGGCCGCCAAGAAAGCCGACAGCGGCAGGCUGCAGGCCAUGCAGGCCAAGGAGCUCCUGAACGGCGAGAUGGAGAAGGGCCGCAGGUACGGGGCCCCGAGCUCCGCCGACCUGGGCCUGGUGAAGGCCGGGAAGUCGCUUCCUCACCCGUACGAGUCCAGGCACGUGGUGGUGCACCCGAGCGCCGCGGACUACGGCGGUCGGGACUCCUCGGGGGUCCGGGCCUCUGUGAUGGUCCUGCCCACCAGCAGCGCGCCCGCCGCCGACCUGGAGGUGCAGCCGGUCACGCACCGGGAGGCCUCGCCCUCCACCCUCAACGACAAAAGCGGCCUGCAUCUAGGGAAGCCCGGGCACCGGUCCUACGCGCUGUCACCCCAACAGGCCCUGGGCCCCGAAGGCGUGAAGGCCGCCGCCGUCGCCACGCUGUCCCCCCACACGGUCAUCCAGACCACACACAGCGCCUCGGAGCCACUCCCGGUCGGACUGCCGGCCACCGCCUUCUACGCGGGGACCCAAGCGCCGGUCAUCGGCUACCUGAGCAGCCAGCAGCAGGCGAUCACGUACGCCGGCAGCCUGCCCCAGCACCUGGUGAUCCCCGGCACGCAGCCCCUGCUCAUCCCGGUCGGCGGCGCCGACGUGGAGGGCUCGGGAGCCGCCCCCGCCAUCGCCACGUCGUCGCCCCAGUUCGCGGCAGUGCCUCACACGUUCGUCACCACCGCCCUCCCCAAGAACGAGAACUUCAGCCCGGAGGCCCUGGCCACGCAGGCCGCCUACCCAGCCAUGGUGCAGGCCCAGAUCCACCUGCCCGUGGUGCAGUCCGUGGCGUCCCCCGCCGCCGCGCCCCCCACGCUGCCCCCCUACUUCAUGAAAGGCUCCAUCAUCCAGUUGGCCAACGGGGAGCUGAAGAAGGUGGAGGACUUGAAGACAGAAGACUUCAUCCAGAGCGCCGAGAUCAGCAGCGACCUGAAGAUCGACUCCAGCACCGUGGAGAGGAUCGAGGACAGCCACCACCCGGGCGUGGCGGUGAUACAGUUUGCCGUCGGGGAGCACCGAGCACAGGUCAGCGUGGAGGUUUUGGUAGAGUACCCUUUUUUUGUGUUUGGACAGGGAUGGUCAUCCUGCUGUCCAGAGAGAACCAGCCAGCUCUUUGAUCUGCCGUGUUCCAAACUCUCUGUUGGGGAUGUCUGCAUCUCACUGACCCUCAAGAACCUGAAGAACGGCUCUGUUAAAAAGGGCCCGCCCGUGGAUCCGGCCAGCGUCCUGCUGAAGCAUUCAAAGACGGACAGCCUGGCGGGCAGCAGACACAGGUACACCGAGCAGGAGAACGGCAUCAACCAGGGAAGCGCCCCGAUGCUGUCCGAGAACGGCGAACUCAAGUUUCCAGAAAAAAUAGCAUUGCCUGCAGCGUCCCUGCUCACCAAAAUCGAACCCAGCAAGCCCACGGCAACCAGGAAGAGGAGGUGGUCGGCGCCCGAGACCCGCAAACUGGAGAAGUCGGAAGACGAGCCACCUUUGACUCUUCCUAAACCUUCUCUAAUCCCUCAGGAGGUUAAGAUUUGCAUCGAAGGCCGGUCUAACGUAGGCAAGUAGAGGCAGCGUGGGGAAAGGAAAUUCGGCUCUCCCUUCUCAUUUGUAUCCAGAUUACUGUACUGUAGGCUAAAUAACACAGUAUUUACAUGUUACCCUCUUUAGGUUUCUGUUAUAACCUUGUCAUUAGAGUUACAGCUGGUGUUGCAGCAGGAGACCGGGGCACGUGCUUUUCCAGGAGUGACAGCGGCAGGUGGGGGGAGGGGGGAAGGGCAGGGCCCGCGCAGGCUCCGGGCGUCCUGGGAGAAAGGAACGUGGCUUCCGAGCACCUGCCUUUUCCCGCUGCGAGGAAGCCGCGGCCCGGGCGCUGACUUCCGCCGGUUUCCUGUGCAGGUUCUGCGGGCAGGGAGCUGCCGGGGAGGGGAGGAAGGGGGCGUGUGGGCGUGCACUUGGGGGGCGCGGGUGCAAGGCGGGGGUGGAGGGUGUCUCCUUCCCUCUGCCUCCCUCUGCCUCCCUCUCUCUGGCACGGGCCUGGAGGUCCCGCCAGCAGGGCAGGGUCCUGGCGAGGGCCUCACGUGCAAAGCAAACAUCAGGAACCCGGGUGCAGGGCCUGCUAGAGAGGCGUCCGACAGCAGACGGAAAGCCAACCGUGUAAAAGGACCUUUUUUUUUUUUUUCUUCCCCCUCCAACAUAUUUUACAAUAAAAGCAACUUUUAAUCCUAUAGAGAUAUAUUUCCCCCUAUGGGGCCUGACUGCACUGAUAUUUUUUUAGAGCAACUGCCACACGUGGGAUUUCGUUUCUGCUUUACCAAGCGCAGUGAUGUCGCCCGGGUGUCACGGUGGGCAGCGCAGCUUGGCGCUCCGCGCGGCGGGGGGCGGGGGCGGGGGCGGGGCGGGGGCGGGGCGCGGCGGGGGAGCGGACCGCCCACUCUGGAUUCUGUGCAGUGUUAGGAAAACCAAUCAGGUUAUCACAUUGACUUCGCUCAAACCGCCCUGCCGAGAGCCGCGGAAGCGCUCCUCAUUGGGUUUGCAAAAUCUGGUCUUUUAACUCUAGUACUGUUUAUAGUUCAUGACUAUGGACAACUCGGGUGCCACGGGUGCCACUUUUUUUCAGAUUCCAGUGUGACGUGAGGAAUUAGAUUUUGAAGAUGAGCAUAUAUAUAUUACUAUCUCUAAGCACUUAAAAUGCUGUUCACACUUUAUUACCAAGCAUCUUGGUCUAUCAUUCAACAAGUACUGUAUCUCCCUUUAAACUCUUUGGGAAGAAAAAACAAAACAAAACAAAAAAAAUAUAUAAGUUGCUUUCUUUUUUUUUUUUUUUUUUUCAACACUGUAACUACAUUUCAGGUCUGCAGAGUUUCUCACGAGCAAGAUAUUGGAAGUUUCAAUGUGGUUUAAAGGGAUGAAUGUGAAUUGUGAACUAGUAUGUGACAAUGAAUGACCCCCAAGUACAGCCUGACAGGAUGUACUUUUCACUUUGAUGUUUGAGAAAGAAGUGAAGGCAUAUAUGCAGAGCUGGCAGAGAAACUGAGAGAAAAGGGAUGGAAAAAAGAAUACUCAUUUUUGUCCAGUGUUUUUCUUUGUAAGAUGAACUUUUAAAAAACCUUGCGAUUUGCACAUCUUGAGUUUAUAAUUUGUGUGAUAUUCCUGCAGUUUUUAUCCAAUAACAUUGUGGGAAAGGUUUGAGGGACUGAACGAGCAUAAAUAAAUGUAGCAAAAUUACUUUCUAACCUGCCUAAACUCUAGGCCAUUUUAUAAGGUUAUGUUCCUUUCAGAAUUCAUUUUGGUCUUUCUACAUCUGUCACAAAAAAAAAAACAAAAAAAAACAAAAAAAAAACACAAAAAACAAAAAAACAAAAACAAAAAAAAAACAGGUCUUAGCAGGACAACUCUGAGAAUUUUCUUCAGACUCAUUGAGAGAGUUUUCCAUAAAGACAUUUAUAUAUGUGAGCAAGUUUUUUUUAAUUACUUUAUUGUUGUUAUUAAUGUUAUUUUCAGAAUGACUUUUUUUUUUUUUCCAUCUGAAAUCAAAUCGAGAUUCAAUGUUUGGUACAAACCCAGAAAGGGUAUUUUACAGUUUAAGCCUUUCAUCCCCAGAGACCUGAAAUAUUGUUUGUGGGUUUUGGGCGUGUGUCUUAAAGUGCUUUAAAAAAAUUACAAUAAUAAGGUUUUAUAAGUAACGAGAAAUUUUUAAAUAUUCUCACUUGGAAUGGCUGCAACUUAUCUGAACAAAUACUUCAUCAGAUCUUUCUUUUACUGCUGAAAGUAGUACUUCUUCCAUUUUACAAAUUAAAAAAAUAAUUUCUAAUAUCAACCCACAUUUUGGCUAUGUAGUAUCUCAUUACAUUUAGCUCUUACAAGAACUUAAUGAUAUUUAUAAACCAUUUUCUGGGGUGUACCAAAAACAUUUGCAUAGGUUUAGAAUAGCUAGAACUUUCUUUGGAUUUCAUUAUCCUCUCGGCAUGCUAGCAGAGAGCUGGGCGAGCCCAUUCUUGCAGUCAUACUGCUUGUUUAGAGCUGGUUUUGGUUUUUGUUUUUGUUUUUAAAGUUUCUGCUCAGAGACCUUGCUUAAUCUUCCAUAUAUUCUGCUCAGGGCACUUGCAAUUUUAGGUUUUGUUUUUCUUUUUGUUUUGUAACCUUUAAUGGUAAGAGGAAUAUGGGGCUGCCAUAUACACUUCGUCCUCCUCAAUACCACUAUUCACAGAAACUCAUGCGGACGCAGAAACACACAUCACCGCCUUUCGACUCAACUUCCAGUAUUGUGCUAACUGGAUCCUCAACACCAACACUAAAAAUGGGAAAACAUACACGGUUCGGAGCAAUAGGAACAUCGUCGUAAUUUUUGUGCUUCUAUUUCAGGUAUAGGAAUUCUUAAAUAAUUGGUUCUUUCUAAACAUCAUCCCAUUUCACGCUCUUGCUUUUUUAGUAUGUGCAACACUUCCCGUGCCAACAGGUCCGACCGGUGUGGUCUAGUUAAAGCUCAUUCCCCAUCUGGCCCGUCUUCCCCAUUCUGGCCAGAGAAGGGCUGGAAGGAAGGAACCG